AUGUGUGCGGCGAGGUUCGAUGACACGGCGGAGUGGUCAGAGCACCUUGUAGAAUGUGGAAACCGGCAAAGAACAUUAAAGAAAUUUGGAUGUAGAGGGUGUGACUACGCAGCUGUUAAGAAGUGUGAUUUGGACAGACACGUGAAACGCACUGGGCACGAUGAAACUCACCAAGCAUCUGGAAGUGAGGACGAAUGGGAAAACCAAGAUCCAGGUGCACUCCUCAGCCCACUACCUUUGGAACAGGAGGAAGAUCAAGAUGGAAGUAUUGCUCCAGAUCCGGAGGAAAGCGAUGUUGUUAUGGAAGCUGUUGGAGACAGUAGUGCAACCACCUCAAAAGAUUCUGGGCCAACACCCGAGGUGCCAUCCGUGAACCAAGAAAAGGUUCCCUAUGUCAGGAAAGUAGUCCAGGAUCCAACAGUCAGGAAGCGCACAUCCCCACUUCCUGGUAUCACCUCAAGGCCUAAGGCAGUUAAACCCAGUUCUAGCAGGGAACAGAGGAGCAGCACGGAUCAAUUCACCAUGACUGGGGUCCAUGGCUUCAUUUAUAGCAGACUGAGCUUUGAUGCCAGCACGCAGACAGAAGCGCCUGUCAAGACCGUGACAAAGAAACAGACAAUAACAUACGACAAAGAGGGAAAACGUAUUGUGAAGGAAGUUAUCACUGAACAGUGGGUUGAAUAG